AUGGCGCACUUCAUCCCGCCGGCAUCUAGCGGUUCUCGAGAAGGCUUGGGUUCGGGAAGUGGGGACGACGAUGAGGAAGAGUUGUUGUUCACCGAUGAAGAAGACGAACCUAAGAUCAAGGACGAGCUCACAAUUGUUCUCGACGCGUCUAACCGGGAGAGGUGGUCGGAUGUGGUUUUGGAGGCGCGGAAGCACAUGCGGUGCCACCCUAGACACCCAGGACGCGUUCGCGACGGCCGGAGAGUGUGCAUCUUGGUUGAUUCCUCCUCAUCAGACGAAGAAGACGAGAAGAAUAAGCUUCCAGUCCGUCAACUCCGGGAUAGCAUCCUCCUCACGGCCGUCGACCCCAUCACCAUUGAGGGCUGGGUCAAAACCGACCUCGAGUGGCGGAACGGGCCCCAAGCGCAUUUCUUCCUCCGCCGGAUCAGGUCCUGGGCCGCCAUACCCCUCUACGCCGUCAGCCGGGAAACCAGGGCGCUGGCGGCCACGGCCUUCGGCGCGCCGGACCCGCGGACCUUCCCGUUCAGCCCCGCUCGGGACGCUGUGGAGCUUGUGUGGGAUGGGUCCAUGCUUCCCACCACGUGGAGAAGGGCGGAGGACUACAGGCUGGCCGGGCCGGUUAUCGCGGGCAGGUGUAGGUGUGGUGAGCUAGGAAGGAGACAUGUCAAUAGUGACCAUGAAUGGGCCAUGUCGAGGGAGACGCGUGAACGGGUACAGAGUGUGUUUGUCGACGGGCGUUACGCGAGGUUUGAUUUGGGGCUGAGGGAUGGAACCAAGGGGCCGUGGGGCCUUGUGUUUGGGUUGGUGAAUGGGUUCUUUGGCGAGGUGAGGAUGUUGGGGGUGAGAUUGUGGGACUUGGACGAUGAAGGGUUUGAGGGGAGCUUUGAUGUAUCGAAGGGGGAGGCGCUAUACAGGGUUGACCAGAUGGACUUUUUCGAUGGCAUGGAGGAAGUUUGGUCUGAGCCUGGAGCUGAGGAUCAAGGGGUGAGAGUGGAAGCUCCGUUCCCGAGACUGAGGUUGCUGAGGGUCUUGCCUGAGUUACCAUGGUCCAAGAGACCACACAAAUUCAGGUUUAGAAAGGUCAGGGGGAGCCACUUCCUGGUUGUUGGUCGAGGAGGCAUACCGACAGCUGGGCCUUGA